CUUGGCUGCCUCCAAAUGACUUCUCUCUCUCUGGUCCCUCAGCGGAGCGGAAGAAGCCGACCGUUUCCCGACGCUGGUCUGUCUGUACAGUGAACGAGAAGGAGUGGGGGUAGGUCACAGCGCGGAAAAACCGAGGCUUCCCCGAGCCCAGCGCGUACCUGUCCGUGUGGCAUGUGACAGUUCGAGCGCCUAACGUUAAGGAAAAGGAAAGCCGGGCGGAAAGAAAGGGCUCGACCUUAUUGAAGGGAUACACGGCUGUUCCCGACGGAGAUGGAGCGGUUGUGCGGACUGGAGCUCCCGUUCUGGGUUGCUAAUGAGACGUUCCACGGAGAUCGACCCGACCUCCCAGAGUGUUUCCAGCUCUCUGUGCUGUCAUGGCUGCCCUGCAUCUACCUGUGGGUGGCCUCCCCGAUCUACCUCUUCUAUCUCAAGAGGAACAACAAAGGAUACAUCAUGAUGUCCAUUCUGAACAGGUUCAAAACGGUGUUUGGUUUGCUCUUGUGGAUUAUAUGUUGGACGGAUCUCUUCUACACGUUCCACGAGCUGCGACAGGGUCACAACCAGCCACCCAUCUACUUCAUCACCCCGCUGGUGCUCGGCAUGACCAUGCUGUUGGCCACAUUUCUGAUCCAGUUUGAGAGGUUACACGGGGUCCAGUCGUCGGGGGUCCUACUCAUCUUCUGGUUCCUGUCUGUGGUGUGUGCCAUCGUUCCUUUUCGCUCCAAGAUCCUAAAGGCCUCCUCUGAGACCGGAGUCACCGACACUCUGCGAUUCACCACCUUCUACUUCUACUUCAGCCUGAUCGCCUGCGAGCUGAUCCUGUGCUGCUUGAAUGAGAAACCUCCUCUUUUUUCCAACGUUGUCACCGACCCUAAUCCCUGCCCUGAAACCACAGCAGGUUUUCUCUCCACCAUGACGUUUUGGUGGUUCACGAGUUUGGCCAUUAAAGGCUACAAAAUGCCCCUGGAGGCCAAAGACUUGUGGUCCCUAAACAAGCGUGACAGCUCCCAGGUGAUGGUGCCCAAGCUCCUUAAAGAGUGGGAGAAGGAGCAGACCAAGACCAAGAGUGAACAGAAUGUGUCCAGCCAGGCUACGUAUGCAAAGCCUCCACCAUCCACCACCAACCACAUCGCAGGAGGAGGAGGAGCAGGUGAAAGCAGCCCUGAGGAAGUGGAGGUGCUGCUGUCCAAUCAGAAAGUUCCUUCCCGUCACCCAUCUUUUCUACAUGCGCUCAUCAAAGCCUUUGGACCCUACUUUCUGAUCGGCUCAGCCUACAAGCUCCUGCAGGAUGUCAUCACCUUUGUUAACCCUCAGCUGCUCAGGUUGUUGAUCUCAUUCACAAAACAGAAGGAUGUUCCUGUUUGGUGGGGUUACACGCUGGCCUUCCUCAUGUUUUUCACAGCCUUACUGCAAACCAUCAUCCUGCACCAUCACUUUCAGUACUGUUUCGUCACCGGCAUGAAUGUCCGCACAUCUCUCAUUGGAGCCAUCUACAGGAAGGCAUUGGUGAUAACAAAUGCUGCCAAGCGUUCAUCUACGGUGGGAGAAGUAGUAAAUCUCAUGUCUGUGGAUGCACAAAGGUUCAUGGACCUCACCACCUUCCUCAACAUGCUGUGGUCUGCUCCUCUUCAGAUUAUGCUGGCGCUUUUUUUCCUCUGGCAGAACCUCGGCCCAUCUGUUCUUGCUGGAGUGGCUGUCAUGAUCAUGCUCAUCCCUUUUAAUGCCGUCAUUGCCAUGAAGACGCGAGCCUACCAGGUGGAGCAGAUGCAGUACAAAGAUGCUCGCAUCAAGCUGAUGAACGAGAUCCUGAAUGGCAUCAAAGUCCUGAAGCUGUACGCCUGGGAGAACUCCUUCAAGGAAAAGGUCCUGGCCAUCCGGCAGAAGGAGCUCAAUGUGCUGCGCAAGACGGCCUACUUGGGAGCGCUGUCCACCAUGGCCUGGACCAGCGCCCCUUUCCUCGUUGCCUUGACAACGUUUGCCGUGUAUGUGACUGUGGAUGAGAACAACGUCCUGGAUGCGGAGAAGGCUUUUGUGUCGCUCUCGCUCUUCAACAUCCUCAGAUUUCCUCUCAACAUGCUUCCCCAAGUGAUCAGCAGCCUCGUGCAGACCAGCGUCUCUCUGAAGCGGAUCCAAAAUUUCCUGAGUCACGAUGAGCUGGAUCUGGACUCGGUUGACAGAAAGAACACAGCCACAGACUUUACGGUGACGGUUGUGAAUGGGAAAUUCACGUGGGACAAAGAAGAACCGCCGGUCCUGCACAACAUCAAUGUGAUGGUGCCACAGGGCUCCCUGCUGGCUGUAGUGGGCCAAGUCGGCUGUGGGAAGUCCUCCCUGAUCUCCGCGCUGCUGGGUGAAAUGGAAAAACUGGAAGGGGAGGUUUCUAUUCGGGGGUCUGUGGCUUACGUUCCUCAGCAGGCCUGGAUACAGAACGCCACCCUGCGGGACAACAUCCUGUUUGGGAAAAGUUACAAUGAGCAGAAAUACCGCUGCGUUCUGGAGGCCUGCGCCCUGACCCCAGACCUGGAGGUGCUGCCCGGAGGAGACAUGACUGAAAUAGGAGAAAAGGGCAUCAACCUCUCUGGGGGUCAGAGGCAGAGGGUGAGCCUGGCCCGAGCUCUGUACAGCGACGCCGACGUCUACCUGCUGGACGACCCGCUGUCUGCGGUGGACGCUCACGUGUCCAAACACAUCUUUGAUAACCUCAUUGGUCCGGAGGGGGUGCUGAAGGGGAAGACUCGUAUCCUGGUGACGCACGGCAUCAGCUUCCUGCCUCAGGUGGACAACAUCAUGGUGAUGGUGGACGGACGGGUGUCGGAGAUGGGCUCCUAUCAGGAGCUGCUCGACCAGAAUGGAGCCUUCUCCGAGUUUCUCAGGAACUACUCGCUGGAUGACAUCGUAGAGGAGGACGAGGCCACCGAUGAGUUAAUGGAGGAAGAAGAAUUCUUCCCUGACGACGCCCUUAGCAACCACCACACAGACAUGGUGGACAAUGAACCAGUCAUCAAUGAAGCCAAGAAAAGUUUCAUGAGACAGAUCAGCAUUGUUUCAUCAGAAGGAGAAAAUCCCAGAUCCCGCUCAGUCAGGAGACACGGCUGUAGCCAAAGGAAGCAUCCAGAGUCUCAAGAGAAGAAGAAACCACAGGAGGUGGAGAAGCUCAUCCAGGCAGAGACAACAGAAACGGGCCGGGUGAAAACAAAAGUGUAUCUGGAGUAUGCCAAGGCGGUGGGGCUGCUGCUUUCAGUCAUCAUCUGUCUGCUGUAUGGCUGCCAGAGCGCCGCCGCCAUCGGAGCAAACAUCUGGCUCAGCCAGUGGACUAACGACGCCUCGAGAAACCAAACCAAGGAGAAUGUUAACAUGAGGGUGGGGGUGUACGCUGCACUGGGCAUUGCACAAGGUGUGCUGAUUUUGGUUAACUGCAUGUUGUGCCGGGCCUACAGUAUGCUGCGGGCAGCCAAGCUCACGCACCGCAACAUGCUUCAGGGGGUCCUGCGAGCUCCGCAGACCUUCUUCGAGAGCACCCCAACUGGGCGGUUACUAAACCGCUUCAGCAAAGACGUGGAUGCUAUAGACUCCCACAUCCCAGACAAUAUUGACAUAUGGAUGCGCACUUUCUGGUACACACUGAAUGUGCUGCUCAUAUGCUCUGCCCUCACCCCAAUGUUCCUCAUAGUCAUAGCCCCGUUAAUGGUGUUCUAUUGGUGGGUUCAGAGAUUUUACGUUGCCACGUCUCGGCAGCUUAAGCGUCUGGAGUCAGUCAGCCGCUCUCCCAUAUACUCCCAUUUCUCUGAGACCAUCACGGGCUCUAGUGUAAUCCGAGCCUAUAGCAGACACACUGCCUUUGUUCUGAUGAGUGAUAUGAAAGUGGAUGAGAACCAAAAGAGUUACUACCCUGGUAUAGUGUCCAACAGGUGGCUUGGAGUUCGUAUAGAGUUCAUCGGGAACUGCAUCGUGUUGUUCGCCGCUCUGUUCGCUGUGACUGGAAAAGAGAGCCUUAACCCCGGUCUCGUGGGUCUGUCGGUGUCCUACGCUCUGCAGGUGACCAUGUCUCUGAACUGGAUGGUGCGGAUGACUUCAGAUCUGGAGAACAACAUAGUCGCAGUGGAGCGAGUGAAGGAGUACUCAGAGACCAAGACAGAGGCCCCCUGGGAGGUGGAGGACAAGAAGCCCCCUCCUGAAUGGCCUGCACAGGGGAAUGUCGAGUUCCAUGACUACAGCGUUCGGUACCGAGAAGGUCUGGACCUGGUUUUGAGGAACAUCACGUUGAACGUCAAAGGAGGAGAGAAGAUUGGCAUUGUGGGACGCACAGGUGCCGGUAAGUCCUCCAUGACGCUCUGCCUCUUCAGACUGCUGGAAGCUGCUGCAGGAGAGAUCACCAUCGAUGAUGUGAAGAUAUCAGAGAUCGGCCUGCACGACCUCAGGUCCAAACUUACCAUCAUCCCACAGGAGCCCGUGCUGUUCUCUGGGACUCUGAGGAUGAACCUGGACCCCUUUGAAAAAUACACUGAUGAGGAGGUGUGGAAAGCUGUGGAACAUUCUCACCUCCACAAGUUUGUCAGCAACCAGCCUGCAAAACUGGAGCUGGAGUGUUCCGAAGGAGGAGAGAACCUUAGUGUGGGUCAGAGGCAGCUGGUGUGUUUGGCUCGAGCUCUCCUGAGGAAGACAAGGAUCCUCAUCCUGGAUGAAGCCACCGCUGCUAUAGACCUGGAGACGGAUGACCUCAUCCAGUCCACCAUAAGGACUCAGUUUGAAGACUGCACCGUCUUCACCAUCGCGCACAGACUCAACACUAUCAUGGAUUACACAAGAGUUCUGGUGUUGGACAAGGGACAGAUAGCCGAGUUUGACAGUCCCACAAACCUCAUCUCAAAGAGAGGAAUCUUCUACAGCAUGGCUAAAGAUGCAGGACUGGCACAGUAGAACUGAUCGUGCAGACCAGAACCAGUCCAGGAGUACUUUUCAUCUGCAUUUCUUAACAUUUUUAUUAUUAUUGUUGUUAUUGUUAUAUUUUUUCAGGGCACUUCCUGCUCAUUUUGAAUGAAGCCUGACCUCUUUUGCAGUCUUGGGUCAACUUGCACUUGCAAAGAGUCGUUAUGUUUAUCAGAAACUCGCUGCCUGCCUCUCUGAAUAGGAAACAAAAAGAAAAAAGAAGAAGCCAUAUCUGCAAAUGCUUCUCGAUCCAAGUCUGCUCUGAAGUGCCUUCAGCAAGUGGGAUAAAGAAAGCCAGUGAAUGUAUCGUUUUCUAAUCGGCUGUCUGUUGCAAAACAACUAAAGAGGAACAUCUUUUUUUAUUUUCAUUUUUUCUACAAAGAAUACUGUGCCACUGUAUCUUUCUUAUGAGAAGAAAACCUACACUUUUGUGAUAAACCCACUUAUUUUUUUACUGUACCGUUAUUUAAGCUACUUUAUAAAGAACUGUGUCAUCUAGGGAAGUUUCCUCAGUUACAUAUGUGAUUCUUUUGUGAACCAAAUCUAUGAAAACUUGAAUUCUGUACCACCAAAAUAUGAAGAUAAAUAAUGCCUUUAUUAAGAAAAAAAAAAAAAGAAAAAAGGUUUU